AUGUCUAGCGCCCACCCCAAAGUCUACCUUAUUAGCGGUGCUUCCCGUGGCAUCGGCUACGCUCUCAUCGAGCAAAUCUCCCAGCGGCCCAACCACAUCGUCUACGCAGCGGCUCGCGAUCCUACCAAUGCCGUCGCCCUGAAUAAGCUAGCAGAAUUGCGGCCAGGAGCGGUCAAGGUAGUCAAGCUGGUGGCCGGCUCCGAGGAGGAUGCAAAGCUCAUCAUGGCGCAGGUGCGUUCCGCUGAAGGUCACCUCGAUGUAGUCUUGGCUGUGUCCGGGGUCGCACUGUGGCAGCACUAUGCGCCGGUCAAGGACUGCACAAACGAGUCGAUCAUGGAGCACUUCAACACCAACCUGAUCGGUACUGUCUCACUCUACCGCAACGCCUAUCCUUUACUCAAGGCUGCGCCUCGUGGGGCCAUCUUCAUGCCCAUGAGCUCCACGAUGGCGUCCAUCACCAAGGCGGGAGAGUAUGCAUUCCCCUUGUGUGGACUUUCGAUGAGCAAAGCGAGCAUCAACAUGCUUGUGCGCAACAUUCACCUCGAGUCAGAGGAGGAAGGCUUCAUCGUCUUCCCUAUGGAUCCAGGAUGGACACAAACCGACAAUGGCAAUGGCAAUGCAAAGGCUUGCGGGAUGAGCGAGGCCCCCACCAAGCUGGAGGAUACCAUUGCUGGCGUUCUCAAGGUCUUGGAUGCUGCCAAGCGUGAGACACAUGGUGGUGUAUUCCUCAACUAUCGCGGCGAGGUGAUGCCGUGGUAA